AUGUCGUUCUUCGGAAAAACCUAUGUCUACGAGGGUCAUGAGAAGUUUGACGAAUUUUUGAAGUCUGCUGGUCUUCCAGACGAGGAGGUGGCUAAAUACCUCCAGGCCAAGCCAACCAGCAAGGUAGAAAAGGAUGGCGAUAGCUAUGUGUACACCACGGUAUCUCCUGGAGGCCCCAAGGUCGUAAAAUUCCAGUCUGGUGUUGAGUUCGACGAUACUCUCAGAGGCGGACCUAUCAAGACAGUUUACACCGUCGACGGUAACAAAAUUACCCAAGUUAUCAAAAGUGAUAAGGGAACAGGCACCUUCGUGAGGGAAUACUCAGAUGAUAAAUUAGUUGUGACAAUCACCUCUUCUACUUGGGACGGCACAGCCAAAACAUUCUACAAAGUGUAA